AUUACAUUUCUGUCUUCAGAACUUCGCAAAAAGAUCCUCUCUCGGUUUCCGACGGGAGGCGAUGGCGGUGGAAAGUGGCGGAGGGGGUUUGUCGGAGUUGUACUCAAGCUCUAAGCGCUUAUCUAUUAAGAUCAGAGAUGAUUUGGAGAGGCUUGAACGCUUAGAAUACACAUCGUCGGCGUCGGCGUCGGCGUCUUCGCUCUCAUCAUCGAGCGCGGUUGUUGGAUCUUCCGAUGAUCAGGGGGCUGCAAUUCGAAGAGAUUUAAACCAGAUCCAGUCCAUUUGCGUUGAUAUGGAUCGACUCUGGCGUUCCAUCGCAUCCAAGCCGCAGCGUGAUCUCUGGAAAAGAAAAAUAGAACAAGUUAGCGAGGAGGCUGAUUCAUUUAGAGCAAGUCUGGACAAAUACCAAUUAAGGCAACAGAAACGAAUACAAGAAGCACAAGAGAGAGCAGAAUUACUUGGAAGAGCUAGUGGGGAUUCACAUGUUCUGAGAAUUUUUGACGACGAGGCACAGGCAGUGGAAUCAGUCCGCAGAUCAUCCAGGGUACUAGAAGAGUCUUUUGCAACUGGAGUUGCGAUACUUAACAAGUAUAGCGAGCAACGAGAUCACUUAAAGAGAGCUCAAAGGAAAGCCCUGGAUGUUGUCAACACUUUAGGGCUUUCAAACUCACUGCUGAAGCUCAUCGAGAGGCGCAGCCGUGUUGACAAAUGGAUCAAAUAUGCCGGCAUGGUUUUAACAAUCGUCAUCCUCAUUGUUUUCUGGAGGUGGACGAGAUAAAAAAAAAGGCCGAGCUGGACUUCCCUUCGACCUUCCACCAGGUACACCUGAAAUAUUUGUUUUACUAAUUUCUUUUUUGGCAUUUUGCUAGGAAAAAGAAAUGAGAAUAGAAAUUUGUACACUUGAAAAAUUGGGUGGGAAUGUUAGAAGGCUCUAGGGAUUUUUUGUUAAGAUUUUCUUGAAAUGCAUCUUUGUGUUAAGAGUGCAUGAUUUGAAAGAUACGAAGAUCCUGAUAGGCCUGUAGACAUAUGGUGGUUUAAUUUGAUGUAACGACUCGAUAAAAAAAAAAUUGAAUGUGAAUUGUUGUGUUGUUUAAUUUGAUGUAAUGCUUUGAAUGUAAAAUAAAAUAGUAGAUAUUUGAUGUA